UCACGCGAUCCGGAAGAGAUGACUAGAUCUAAAUUAGUCAUAUUCUUCCAUAGUGUAUUAUUCACAUUAUUAGGAACGCAAUAAAAGGGAUUUACACAAUAAAACAGGUUACAUUCCGAUGAGAAAUGCUACAUAUGAUAAGCGCUUGUUGCAAAGUCCAUCGACAAUACUCAUUCUUUAGUAUCAAGGGGAAUAGUAGAGUUUUAUCACGUAACCCGUUAGAGACGACUUUACAUCCAUAGUGUAUGAUACACAUAAUUAGGAACACGAUAAAAUGGAUUUACACGAUAAAAUAGAUAUUUUUCUAAUCAUAACUGUCGGUCUACUCUCAUUCACUGGUGCAUCGAUUUGUGAAACUAAUAAAGACGCAAACGCUUAUAUAGAAGGUAACAACAUAGACGUCACGAACAAAUUGUUAGGUCUAUUGCGGGAAACGGAAUAUUUCUUCUUCGCAGGUGACAACAUCAGUCACGAGGACGGAUGUCGGAAAGAAAUGGACAAAUAUUUACAUCAAAAAGGUCAUUUCGAAAAUGGGACGACGUGGAACCUUGACUGCUGGGAGACAGUCGAAUGCGAUAUAGAGGAAGUUGAAUGGAAAGGCACAUAUACAUUAAGAGCUGUCCAAAAACAUAGUUUGCUCUCUUUCUACAGAAAGCUCCCUAAAGCGAUUCUUCUUCCUAUAGAUGGACAUAACAGAAUAUCUUAUACUUUUUUACCAUAUGUACCAAGGACUAACUCUAUAUUUGUUACUUCCAUGCUUUCUGGGUGCAGUGUAUUUGUUGCAACCGCUGGUAAUGAGAAUUGUAAUAUAAUUGUAAUGCAUGCAAACCGGUUUUGUAGCCGUUAUGAGCCCGAUGAUGAUGAUGAUAAUCAUAAGCAGGCUAUGUUUGUUCUGGAAAGAGUCAAUCCAUUAAACGAACAAUGCAACUACCAGAUCCAACGCAGAUGGUCAAGUGACCUUAAAAGCAGUAACAUUGAGCGUCAUUACCAAGUUGUGAAUUAUAGUUCUAAUUUUGGAAAUUUUAUUUAUGGUUACAAUUUAGGUUGUCAACACAAUUGGCAAUUUUGUGUAAAGGAAUUACGUCCAAGAUCUGAGCCUCCAAUUUGUCACACAAUCAUAUAAAGGCUUGAUAUACGAUAAAUGUAACUGCCAAAUACAAGUUGUAACACCUGUUUUGACAUUCGAUUGUACAAUUAACAUUUUUCUGAUGACAUUUAAUUGGAACAAUAUUCCAAGAUGUAAGUUUCCUAGGGGAAUAAUUGAUUCUAGCACGCCGGAGAUAAAGAUUGUAUAACGAUUGAGCCGGAAGAAUCUUACCCUUAAACAUUAUCUCUGACCAAUAGUCGCAAUUAGACUAAGUCUGCAAUUUUUAUAUAUUAUUGUUGUUUUCACUGCUUCCGAGGUAUCAGCCCUUUGCAGCAAGUUUUACUUCAAAAUCAGUUAAAUUUUGACUUUCUUAUUAUAUUCACAUAGGCUUCAAUGAACUAUAAAGAAUUGUUUCUAAAACUGAUAUAUGUAAGAAUAAAAUUAUCUGGAGUUGCGAA